AUGCCGAUUGCCAUGCCGCCUCUGACAUCUACAUCAACCACUACUACUGCCAUGCAUACAGAGGACACGACUGUAAGGUUCACACUGACAGGGGCGGGAAUGACGCUGACCACAGCGCCGGUUCCACUGCCACACUUUGAUGUGGUGGCGGAGCUCACGUCCUUGAUCCUGGCAAUCACGCGAGCUGGGCGUCUGCCUACCAAUGCACACGUUGUCAUGACGGCCGCGUGGCCUCUGCCUAGGGGAGGCCGUCAUUACAACAUACCCAUUCUUGUUUACACUCCCGAUGAUUACGAGUACAUUGUCCUGGACCCGUCCAUUGACGGAUCUCAGAUCCAUAGCCUGGUGGUUCAGGCUGGCACCCUACCAGAGCAUGUUUUGUCCCGUAAUCAGGAGAACCUGGGCCUUGCAGCUUGGGUAAAUGGGGCCCCGCAGUCGGCAGUUCGCCGGCCGCUGCGCACGGGUGACUUUGUUCAAAUGUUCCCCGGGGACCUACGAGUGCAAUACCCCGUCGGGCAUCCCAUGCAACUUCUAGGAAGUGUGAACAGGCUGCAAUGCUUGAGUGCUCCACUGCGUGUUCCGGCUUUCAACACAGUUGCCGCAAGGGCUUCGCAUGCAGGGGCAAAUGCCGAAGUUCACCAGGCCUUGCUUACUGGGUUGGACAGAGCGACCAGAGCUCGAGUUGAGAUGUAUGGCUUGCCAUCCCGCACUCGGCAAAAGGUGGUGCUGCUGGAACCGGGCCGCGCUCCGCACACCGUGUGGCUCGACCUUAUGUCAUGCCCUUCUGUAGGUGAAGCUGAACCCUUGCUAAGGGAGCUGCGCAUUUUCCCUGCCGACGCCAGAAUCCUCGAUUCUCGCAUCGAGACAUUGAUUGCGCAGGUUUUCAUCAUUGCCCCGCGGGAGGUGCGAGGAAUGACGUACUCAGUGCCCAACCCCAUCUACUUUGGAGCUCAUACUCUCAUCCACCUGCCGGCUGACACCAGCCCGCCUUGGCACCUCCUGCCAGUGCAAGACCAACUCACUUUGGUCCCACCAUCUGAAGGAUGGAUCGAUGGCGCUGGCAUCCUGGUUGCAAGACCCCAAGGACGGAGGUCCCUCGCGCGGAUGGCACCCUCACUUGCCCAAAUCCGACCGAACGCUGAGCUUCUACCACCGCCUGUCCCGUCGACUGCCGCAGCCUCAACCGAGCCUGCCUCAUCUAGUGGCAAUCCUCCUGCUGCUACCGCGGCCCCUGUCACUGGUGCCAACACCGACUCUGGCCGCGGCUCAUCUGCCGCGUCGAAACCCAUGAGUAUUGUAACGGUGCGGCAAGUUGCCCAUUUGGAAGCGGCCAUUACGGCUGAUAAGGUCUCUGUGGCUACGCCAUUUGGCCGCAGGGGGAUUGCGGCCGCUUCCCGCGGUACUGCUGAUAACCUCGUUCCUGAUGGGUGCAUGUCUGCAAAUCUGGGACGCAACCCCCUGCGCCAGCAGGGCCCCAGUGACCUAGACCUCCAUGAACAGCACGCUGAGCCUAGAUCGUGUACAGCGCCAACAACAGCCCUCGAGGAGCUGCCUACAGCUGCACCCACAUUCCAAGAGGCAUCGCUGCACCUUGGGCUUCCGGCUGAUGCUAAGCACCUCGCACUGGAGGGAUUUUCGCUUGCACAUUUAUGCAGAGAGAAGCCGAGAGGGCGGGGUCUGCACAAAGCGUCACAGACUUUCCUCGAGACGCUCGCUGCAGCACCGGAGGACGCCAUCCCACAAGCCUUGCUCCUCUACGUGGACGGCUCCUACGACUCCGGAUGUGGGGCGUGGGCCGUAUGCUGUCUUGGGCUUUUCUCUGAGGAAUGGCUUUGGGUGGGAUACUUUGCUGAGCGUAUCAGCGAUGUGAUUUCCGUCCGUUCUGCCUUCGAUGCCGAACUCUAUGCGCAGUUGGUUGCAUAUGGCCUUGCGGCCCACACUGCUGUACCCACCACGAUUUACUAUGACUCUCAGAGUGCUGCAGCGGUCGCUAGUGGAAAUGCCAAGACCAGCGCCAUUGACUGUCUAGUUCGUGCUGCUAUGGGUUUGUACAUGUGUGCUGGGGUGCAAGGGCAUUGGCCAAUCCUCUCUCACGUGUACUCCCAUCAAGGGGACCCCCUGAAUGAGCUAGUUGACUUUGCAGCAAAGCAAGCCCUGAAGUGUCAGGGACCUGAUGCCACCCUUGGUGACUCGCAUGUCACUAGUUACAUCCUGGAGGGUGCGUUUGACUGGAUCUGGCUCUACACUGCCAGGGAUUCUUCCGUUGCAUGGCCACGUUUUGACGAAGAUGGCCGCUCCCGACCAGUAGCUGCGGAGGCUGCUCCACAGAUUCCUUGCACGCCAGCUACCUGGGCAGCGGAUGCGCAGCAGAGUGUGUCUACAUGCGUUCGGUUGCAACUGAGAGCGGCCACAUACAACACACUCUCGUGCAAAACUGCUCUGCAACGUCAAUGUCUUUCGGAAUUCAUGCUAGCCCAUCGCAUCCAGGUCCUUGGCAUACAGGAGGCCCGGCAUGAAACCGUUGGCCGCGCUUGUGUCCAGGACAUUUUACGCUUUGCGGGUCCCGCCCCUGGCGGACAGCUUGGCUGUCAAAUCUGGAUCAACAUGGCUGCGGGCCCGUGGGCGCGCCCCUUCUUUCGCAAGGCAUUUCAACAUGAACGCCUCCUCGAGGUCCAUGCCAAGCUUGGCGAUCAAUGUCUCGUGAUCAUAGCGGGGCAUAGCCCUACCGCAGUUGCACCCGAGACCGACCGCAACGGCUGGUGGAGAAUGCUGCGAGACCGGCUGCUUGCUGUCCCUGCUGGAUAUCAGCCUUUGCUCCUUCUUGACGCCAACGCCAGAUUCCAAUGGGGUGAAUGUGUUGAGCACCCGGCCAACUGCAAUGCGGGCGCCUUUCAAGAAGUUUUGGAUGAAUUUGCGCUGCAGCGUACAGAUGCCUAUGAGGCUGAUGGGCGUCCUCGCAUCACCUGGCGACCACCUGCAGGUACUCUCAGCACCGGAGCAUGCCUUGACUAUGUUGUUGUCCCUAGGGCUUGGGGCCAACAGUUCACCAAGCAGGGUGUUCUCCCGAUAUCCGACGAGCAUGCGGGCAUCGACCAUGACCCUGUCGCCGUUGAGCUCGAUGUCCAGCUAUGGUGUCCACCCCGGGUUGCACGCAGGUUGGAUAGAGAUGCCAUGCUCACGCCGGAAGGCCGCGUCAAGCUGCAGCAAAUUUACAACACCAUGCCGGAUGUGCCUUGGGAAACCAGCGUUGACGAACACCUGCAGCGCAUCAACCAGCACUUGCAGCACCACCUUGCAGCUGCAUUCCCAGCGACGGACAGGCCGCGUAAGCCUUCCAUGUCACAGCGAACAUGGCAGCUCAUCGCACAUCGUCGAGAGCAGCGGCGUGUCCAUCGUCGCCGGGCAGCCCUCCAGGCACGGUCAGUCUUGAACCAAUGUUUCCGGGUGGCUCGCAAGCGCCAUGAUCUCGUCUUGGCGCAACACAUGCGCCGCAUGCAGCACUUGAGCCGUCAGCUGAGAGAUGCCCACAGGGCAGAUGAAGCCGAAUACGUUCGGCUCACGUAUCAAGACUGUCGAGAGCAGGGACGCACCGCCCUCGCGCGCCGGCUCCGGUCUGUCCUACGCAGUGGCAGAGCCGCCCCCCAAGCUGGCCUUCCGGAGGCCUUGAAUGCAGGGGGUGAACUUGUCACUGACCCAAAUGCCAUCCUACGAGCAUUUGGCGCGCAUUUUGCGCAGGCUGAAGAUGCGACUGAGGUUCGCCUGGACAGCUUCGUGAUCGCUCACCCCCAUGCAGGAGCUCAUGUUGCGUUGGAAGGUGCCCCCACCCUUGCCGAUGUGUCUGCCUCUUUCGCUUCGCUCAAAUCUGGCAAAGCAUCGGGUCUGUCUGGGAUCCCAUCGGAAGCAUACUCGCAGUGUGCACCUCUGGCUGCUGUUUGUCACAUGCCCCUGGUGUUGAAGGCGAUUGGGCGACGGCACAUGCCGCUCCUAUGGACGGGGAUGAGGGCUCACCCAAUUCCCAAGGCUGGCAAACCUGCGGACCUUUGUCUGGGAUAUCGGUCAAUCGCUCUGGCCGAGCCAGCGUGCAAAGCCGUUACCAAGGCCACACGCAGGGAACUCAGCACCGCGUUCGAGCGCCAGGCCCUCCCUACCAUCGGAGGUGCGCGAGCGGCCUUCCCCGCGGAGGUUCCUUCCAUGGCCGUGCGCUCUCAUAUCGCCGCCCUCAAACAACAGCGCAAGGCUGGCUCGGUCCUAUUUGUGGACGGCGUUUCAGCUUUCUAUGCUGCGCACCGGGGGCAUCUCUUCACCAGCGAGGCCGGAGUGCUGAAGAAACACAUUGAAUCCCUACCGCUUGAAGCAGAGGUCCGCGCGAGGAUCCAGUGUGCCUUGGCGGAUACCGGCGCUCUCGACAGAGCUGGCAUCAGUGUUGCCACUGCCACACUACUGCGGGCAGCGUUCCACAAUACCUGGUUCUCUGUGGAUGCCACCGCCCCGCUUGUCUAUAAAACAGAAAAGGGGACGGUGCCCGGCUCCCCUGUGGCAGACAUGUUGUUCCAGUACGUCAUUGCAGCCUCGAUGGAGUGCUUGUGCAGUCAGCUGCGCGAUGAAGGCAUUGCAGCCCAACUCACCACCGGAGCUGAUGCUGUACAAGCCUCGCCCCAAUCCUGGCUCGACGAUAUUGCAAUACUUGUUACUUCUGCCACAUCGGAUCAUGUUGCUGAUGACACCUCCCGUGCUGCCUCACUUGUCUGCCAGUACCUUCUGGUGGCAGGCAUUGAAGUGAACUUCUCGGCUGGAAAGACAGAGGCGGUCGUGUGUCUCCAUGGCACUGGUUCAGCCAAGGCACGCGAGACUCUCUUCGUGGCACAAGCGGCCGUUGUCGAUGUCCGGUUGCCUGACAAUCGCAUCCUCAAGCUGCGAUGUGUCGAUCGCUAUACCCACCUCGGCGUUGUUCGGGAUGGCCGGGCUGAAGACGUGACUGCUGUCACUGAACGGGCCAAGCUCGCGCGCGAUGUCUUCCCUGCCUUUAAGAGACGGAUCCUGACAAAUGCUCACUUGACCCUUCCUGAGCGUCAAAAUUUGUUAGUCGCAGUCGUCCUCGCUAAGUUUCUCCAUGGUGCCGGCACAUGGGCCUUGGACAGCGCUGCGAGCAAAAGGGUUUUUGAUAAAUCCUACAUGGGCUUUCUCCGCGGCAGUGUUAAACCUCUGCAUAAGGUAUCUUGCAGAAGGCUGAAUGCGCAGCAGGUGUGUGCACUCACUGCGACCCUACUGCCAGAUGAGGUGCUGGCCGUACGCCGAGUCCGAGUCCUCGCCCAGUUGCACCAGCGGGCAGAUGAUUAUUUGACCCAGAGCCUUGUUGCGGAGGACAAAUGGCUCCAGCAGGUGCGGGCUGAUGUGCUGUUGAUUGCUUCCCAACUGCAUGACGUGCCCCUGCUCAGCUGGAUCCAAAGUACGCCCACGCCUGAAGGCCUAGUCCGCACCUGGCCGCGAGACCGUUCUGCAACAACGUCGCUUCUUCGGCGUUUCCGCAAGACGUGCAUUGACGGUCGGACGGAGCUUGUUGCGGGAGCAAUCCGGAAGGCGAAGGCCCAUCAGGCCAUUGCAGAUGCUGGACUCCACUAUGCACGGAUACCGCAGUCGUAUCCAACUGAGGCCCUGCAUAGGUGUGGUGUCUGCAACCGAGGCUUUCGGGGCGCUGCACGCCUCGCCGUGCAUAAAGCAAAGAAGCACAAGGUACGUGCCAUGCAGACAUACGCAUGGGGCACAGCAUGCGAAGUUUGCAGGAGACAGUACUGGGAUACUGCCCGCCUACGUGACCACUUCCGUAGGUCGCCAGAUUGUGCUUUUAAGUACCAGCAAGCAGAGGUGGAGGCCGCUGCUAUGCCCGAGCAGUGUGCACCACGCUCUACCCCACCGACCGCCUUGGUGGGACCCACUCCUUGGUGGGCAACCUUGAGGCCUCGGCCUCAGCCACAGCCUGCUGAUGAGAGCCUCACUCCCGGCAACCGAGAUGAUAGCUUGGAUGUCAGCCAACUUGUUGAGCUGCACCAAGUUCCUACUUUCGUUCAGCAUUGGUUGCGUCUGGUCGAGACGGGUAUCUCCUGGCAUGCGGGUUUCUGCGAUGCGGACUGGCAGAGACCUCUUGUACAGUUAGCAGCUAUUAUAGCUGAACAUGUCCACCUUGUCGAUGGUGAACAUACUUUUGAGGCGGGUAGUUUCGCUGUUGUCCUCCAGGGCGAUGCAAUCCUGUUUGGACCAGCUGAAGCACUGCGCAGAGCGCGUGCUGCGGAUUGGCCUUUUCUUUAG